AUGGCCGAAACCCUACUAGAACCCUCCCUCGUCGGGGAAAUCGACACUUCCGCUCCAUUCGAGUCCGUGAGAGAGGCCGCUUCUCGCUUCGGCGGAUUCGGUUUCUGGAAACCUUCUUCCCUUACCAUUCUCGAAGCUUCUCAGAACGAUGUUGAUGAAUCUGAUAUGGUGGAGAAAGCGAGUGAGUUAGAGAAGGAACUGAUUGCGAAAGAAGAAGAAACUUUAAAGGUUUUGAAGUCGCUCGAAUCAACCAAAGCCAUCGUCGAAGAGCUCAAAUCAAAGCUACAGAGAAAAGAAGAGAAAGAAAACUUGGACAUGAAUGUGCUCAAUGAACUAAACCAAGCAAAGACGAAUCUUUGCAAGACAACUGAAGAUCUAGCUGCGAUACGCGAGUCCGUUGAGCUACUAAACAAGAGACUGGAACAAGAACGAGCUGCUCUAGAGAAGACGAGAGAGAGACUGAACUCUGAGAACGCAGCAGAGAUCUCCAAGGAGAUUCAGAGAUUGAGCUAUGAGGCUAUGGAGUUUAGUAGAACUGGAGAAGAUGCGCGUUUCGCGGUUGAUAGAGCUGUGGCUGAGAUCGAACAGACGAGAAGCAAGAUCAGAGCUGCUGAGAUGCGUUUGGUGGCUGCUAGGAAGAUGAAGGAAGCUGCUAGAGCUGCUGAAGCGGUUGCAAUCGCUGAGAUCAAAGCUGUUACAAGAAGAAGAAGAAGAAGGAGAGGAGAUGGUGAAGAAGAGACGUUGCAGGAGGAGAUUCUUGAGAGGAUAGAAGAGACGGCUAGAGAAAUCAGAAGCAGUAGGAGGACGUUGGAGGAAGGUCUUGAGAAAGUGAAUAACGUGAAAAUGGAAGAAGAGACGAGGCAUGGAAAAUGGGAGUGGUCAGAGAAGAGGAAGAGAUCAUCAUCAUCAUCAUACAAGGCUAAGUACAAGAACAGGAGAGAGACGCUUUUGAUGGAUGUGAAUGGUCUGAAUCUGAUGAUGAAUGGAAACGGGACAUCUUCUUCAGUUGCUGUCUUGAAACCGACGAUGUCGAUAGGGCAAAUACUAAGCAGGAAACUGCUUCUUGCGGAUGAGUCAGCGAUGAUGAUGAAUGGGAGAGUUUCUUUGGGUCAGAUUCUUGGAAAGACUAACUAUGGAAAUGGUGAAGGGAAGGAGAAGGAGAAGAGGUUCAAUGGGAAGAGGAAGAGGUUUGGAUUGGCCAAGUUGUCAGUGAUGUUGAACAAAGAGAGCAAGAACAAGAACAAGAAGAAGAAAAUAGCUUUAAACUUAAAAUGA